AUGUCCUUUCACGCCAAGCUCUCCCACGAUGGUUAUAUCUAUACCAAGCACGACGGUCUGGUCCAGGGUCUUCGUACCUACGGUGUGAUUCAGCCUGAGACCAAGAUCCGUGACGCCGAUGCCGGGAAAGUCUGGGACGCCGUCAUCAUUGGUGGUGGAUAUACUGGCCUGAUUGCUGCCCGUGAUCUGGUCAAGGCCGGCAAGGAGACCCUCCUCCUCGAAGCCCGCGACCGUAUCGGAGGUCGUACCUGGUCUGCCGAAGUCGAUGGUACGACAUACGAGAUGGGAGGCACCUGGGUCUCACAUGUUCACGGUCGACUCUUUGCGGAGAUGCAGCGUUACGGUCUCAAGGACGACGUUCAGAUGACCCGGACCGAUGGCGGUGGCUGCUCUUACUUCACUCUCGAUACUGGCACCGGCUCGCGAAAGCUCUCUCUCGAAGACGCUGGUGCCAUGACCCAGCGCGCCUGGAAGCUGUUCAUGAACUACGACGGCCUCGACGGUCGAAAGCUCUGCCCCCUGCCCUACUCCACCCUUGGAAACUCCCGUGUCUCCUUCGAGGAGGUCCAGGCCGUUGACCAGAUGUCCUGCCGAGAUCGCAUCAACCAAAUCAAAGACCAGCUUUCCGCUGAUGAACUUGCCCUACUCGAGUCUCUUGUCCCUCACAUGUGCGCCGGGACCGUCGAGGAUGUCGGCUAUCUUGAGAUGCUGCGCGCACAGGCUCUCCAGGGUUUCUGCCCGGAAACUUUCGAGGAGGUCUGGACUCUCUACAAGAUCCGCGAGGGUCAAUCCGCCCUUGCUCGACGCAUCUUCGAUGAUGCCGUUCGCCUCGGUCUGCAAUACUCCUUCAAUUCUCCUAUCAAGUCGAUUAUUGACCGUCAUGGCGUUGUCUCCCUCGGUACAACCACCGAUAAUUCUACAUACAAUCCACUUCGACCCCCCCUCUCUCCUCUUCGCCAGGAGGCCAUGCGAAUUGGCCACCUCAACCACCUUACCAAGGUUCACGCCGAAGUUGAGGGCGAUCUGCGCGGUCUCCGCGGUUGCACUUGGCCCGGUGACCUCCUGUAUGUCUACGGAGAUGGCUUCUGUGCUGGAAACAAGUCCACUCGUAUCAUCUCGUUUGCUGGUGACAACCGAGGGAAGCUCGAUCCUCUUAAGGAGCCCGAGCGCCUAGAGAUUGCCCUGCAACGCUUCCACCCGAUGAAGAUCAAAAAGGUGCUCUUUCACGACUGGCUGUCUGACCCCUAUUCCCAGUCUGGCCCUGCGUGGUACCGCACUGGCUACCUCACCAAGUAUCUGGCUGAGCUGCAGAAGCGACACGGCAAUGUUCUGAUGGCCAACUCAGACUGGGCUUCGGGCUGGCGUGCGUUCAUUGAGGGUGCUAUGGAACAGGGUGCCCUUGCUGCGGAUACUGUAAUGAACGAGAUUGGCAUUCUCGGUGCGAACCCAUCCAGCGAUCCUGAGCGUGAUGCGCGUCUUUAA